AUGAGCACUACCGAGGCUCGUGGAAUCAUCCGAACUGUUCAGUCUGUGGCUGAGGUUUCAAAAACCAGGAAUUGUGUGAUGUGGUGCCUCUACGAACAUGAGCUUUCUGAAUACUUCAAAAAUUCUUCCCGUCAUCCGAGAUGCACUUUAUGCGAAGGAACACCGGGGUUUGAAGGGGACGCCGAAUUUGCAUUGCAUUGCGUGACAGCCCAUGUCGAAGCCUACUGUACACAGUGCGAGCGUAUCGUUGAUAAUUUAGAAAAACAUUAUAAGGGUUCGCUUUUGCAUCCCAAGUGCGUAUGGUGUAAAUCAGAGGAGCGUAUCGGUUUUCCGGAGGAAGAGGCUUAUGUCGACCACCUCAGGACGGUGCAUUUUGGUACCGAUGGUUUGCUUGCAAAAUCUCAGGUCUGGAGCAUUGGUCUUUUCGGUGAUGCUUCUGACGCAAUGAGCAUCCAGUAUCAUUUGAUCGCAAAGACCAAAACUCCAAGCUCCGGUAUUCGUCAUCCCACAAUCCUUGAACAAGAGGAUGCUAAUAAUGCGAUGGUCCAAAACUUUGUUAAUGACGACCCACCAGCGCCGACCGGAAGAUCAUUGACUUCCGAGAUGUAUGCAAAAUCUCAUGAUUGGUGGUUACACUUCGAUCCCUUUGAGAGGGACAAUAGCAUCCAUGGAAAGAUGUCCAGUAUGCAGCCAGCCGUUGCUGCUCUAUAUGUUGUUCGAACUGCACUUAAACUGAGGCGGUGUUGGAUCGCGAAUCGCGCUUUGGACCAAAUUGAGCGUAAGGUUACCUCUUACAUUGAAGACAACGGAAAAGAUAGAAGCAACCCUUAUUACAAGUCCGCACAGAGACGGAUUUUAGAUGGGGAUUUUAGCGGGACAUGGUAUUGCACGGGAACCCUCUCGAUGACCAGAUCAAGUUGUCAGGAAGCUAGGACUGUCGACGCGAGUCUACGAAAUCUUAGUAGAGAGGACUGGAUUGAAUUUUCGAGAGAAGAAUUCUUAACGAUGCAUCAACUUCAGAUCAUGUCAGCGGUAUACGAGAGACAAGGAAAGGAGAACAGUCAUCCUAUCUUAUUUCCCUGUGUUUCUGGAUUCGGUGAUGGUCUAAUAUUUGAGGCACUGUUCACUGUAGGAAGCUAUGCACCGGGAAUUUGCUUAAUGGCCAUAUUUCGGAUAUAG